AUGUCUACUGACGGUAACGAUUAUGAAGAAUUGGUGGUCGUGUCACCAAACACCACCAACAACAACAACAACAACAACCAGGAGUUAAUUGUAGAGGAAGGCCUGCUUUUCUAUAUGCUCUACUGGGCCACCUUGGAGUACGCAACAAUAAUCCCAAGAUUUCUGAGGAGGGUUAUAGAAUUUGUAUUUUUAUUACAGCCAGCCGGUUGUUUUGACCUUGUCAAAGACAUAUGGCCAAGAGAUGGUGUACUCAGAGUGGAGAUUAUUAAUAGUUUUAAACGCAGUGUGGAUAUAAGUGAAAAAAAUUCAUUAUUGUUUAGCCGCUUCACUAAAACUUAUAGUCCCGACAGUACCACUAAGACGAAUUCUAUUAGAGGUGUAUUGGGAAUUGACUCAAUACUCCAGUCAACAAGAACAAAUUUAUCUUUGAUUGAUGACCAUAAAGUAAAAUUGAAUGAGAAUUACAUUGUUGAAUAUUCAUUGUAUGAGGAGUAUUUGAUUUUGUCGCCCAGUGACCGAAGUCAGUAUGGCAUUCCUGUAAUGUUAGUAGCUCUAGAUCUUACUAAUAACAAGUGUUAUGGCGAUUCAGUGAGUCAGUUUUACUUGAAGUAUUUUCUUGACUACGAUCACUUCAUGUUGUGGUUUGUUAACUCAAUUUCUGAAAACAAAGGAUUUAUAAGAAAUGUAAUUUCGGGGGAACAUUACAAUUUGGGCAAUAUUUCAAUGGAUAGAAUGAAGUAUAUAUCAUCAUUCUUAAUAAUGGCCUUCGAUCUGACCCAAAAAUGCUUCGCUAUUGCCAUAUUUCUGGGUUACUGUAUUGGAUGGUGUUAA